AUGGAGCCCCAGCCCGGCUCGCCGGCGUCGCCGCCGUCCUCGUCGUCACCAAACAGUGCCGAGGUGACGACGACGCCAUCCGAAGAGAUGCCAGCGCCGGAGGAGCCAGUGGAGGACGUGGAGGUGGCAACCGAGCAAGAGCCGGGCAGGAAGUCCACCUCCUCCUCCUCGUCGUCCUCGUCCGCGUCGUCGGCCGAGAGUCUUCGCCACGUCGACGUCGUCGAGCUCGGCGACACGUUGGUGCCAGCGCCGGAGGACGAACAAGCCGGCGCGGCCACCGUACACGGCGCGGAGGUCAAGCCGGACGACCGGGCGCUGCCGGAGGACGAACAGGCCGCCGGUCCCGCCGUGGACAGCGCGGAGGUCAAACCGGACGACGAACGGGUGCCGCCGGAUGACGAACAGGCCGCCGCUCCCGCCGUGCACAGCGCGGAGGUCAAGCCGGACGACUGGGCGACGUGGCCGGAGCCACCACCUCCGGCCGUGGACUACUCCUUCUCGUCGGACGGCAGCGCCGGUUCCGGCGCGGCGCCCACCUUGCCGACGACGGAGGUGCCGCAGGUCCAGACGAUGCCCAAGCUCGAGGGCGCCGCCGGGGCCAGCGAGUUCGACCCGCAGAGGAUCCCGGCGUCCGUGUUCCAGACCAGGACGUCGGUCUCGCAGGCCGAGUGGAGCAUGACGUCCAACGAGUCGCUGUUCAGCAUCCAGGGCGCCAGCGACGUCGGCGGGCCCUACGCCGGCAGCCGGUCCCACUUCGACUUCUUCUACGACGAGGCCAUGGCGGCAGCGGCCGGCAGCGCGGAGUCGAACUCCUCCAAGCUGCCGAGCGUCGCGGAGGGAACGGAGCCGGCCGAGUCCAAGGAGUUCGCGGUGCCGGGCAGCGCGAGCUCGCAGGCCAGCGCCGGGAGCGCCGCCAACGCCAAGAAAGCCGCCGUAUUACGGCACCACGAGAGCGGCUCCGGCGGCAGCUCGAGCAACUUCUCCUUCGCCUUCCCGAUGUGCGCGCCACGAUCCUUACCCUCCCCUGCCUAUAUUGAUUGCGCCCUGGCCGUUCCUGACCACCCGUCGUCCUCUUCGUCCGCAGACUGGCGCCGACGUCGCCGAAGAAGGACCUCGUCAGCAGCGCGCUGUACCAGCCGCUGGAGAAGGAGUGGGAGCCGCAGCCGGCGCCGCCGCCGAUGGAGCCCCCCUCGUCGGCGUUCGUGGAGAUGACGACGGAGGCGGAGCGGCGGGGCAGCACGGGGUGCUGCUGCUGCGGCUGCUGCUGGUUCGAUUGCUCCUGGUCCACGUGC